AUGACUGACGCCGAACAUCCUCCCAAACACACGGACCGUCUACUGGUGCAGUUAGCGUCCUAUAACACCAAUCUUCAGGGAUUGCGAGGGCUUCCACAGGAUCUAGUCGACUGGUUAUCACCAACUCUCCAGGUGUCUAGCUUUCUUUCCCGAGAGAAACGAGCGCCCGACAUCGUUGCUGUUGGAUUUCAAGAACUCCUUCCCUUGCACCUUGGCCUUUCUGGCUUCUCCAAGGGCGUGAUCAACGACAGAGAUGCACAUAUUUUGUCGCAGAUACAGGAACAUGCUCCGAACGGGGAGAGGUACUCUUUGGUCGCAAAAAUAGUGAACGUUGGCGUUGCUCUUCUUGUUUACGCACUCGAUGACGGUGUUGCGCGUUCCGUAUGCGACGUUGAAACAGAAUGGUCAAGCUGUGGGCCAUUGUUCAUGGGGAACAAGGGAGCUGUUGGGAUACGUUUCCGUAUACCAUCCAGUGACGGUGGCGUAGGCGAAGUAUUUACUUUUGUCUGUGCCCACCUGAGUGCUCACGAGCCAAGGCUUGCUGAGAGAAUCGCGGAUUACAACCACAUAGUUUCGACAUUGCUCUUCUCCCCUCUCCCCUCUUCAACACAGAAGUCCACCAUCUACGACUCUUCUCACCUUUUCUACCUUGGGGACCUAAAUUUCAGGCUGACACUCCCUCCAACACAUUCGCUAUCCGGGCCCCAAAAUAGGGAGAACUUGGUUGCCGCUUUGGACCAGGAAAGCACGCGUGAAGACCUAAAGGAAUAUGACCAGUUACUGGUGGAGCAGCGGAAGGGAACCGUUUGCAUCGGACUGAAGGAAGGAGCUUUCUGGAAGUUCAAGCCCAGUUACAAAUACGAGCUCGGUGAAAUUGACAAAUACACCCUAGGACGGAUGCCGUCAUGGACUGAUAGGAUCCUAUACGCCACUCACACCGACUCGCUGGGCAGCCCAGAGACAUCGAAUAUUACAAACGUCCUGUACACUUCCAUCCCUGCGUACACUACUUCAGAUCACAAACCCAUCAUUUCAUUACUUCUUCUACCGUCACCUGUCAAGACAAGCGAUCCGUCUGUCCCCGUCAUAGCUCUCCCCUCAAGUUACAAACCAACGCCAGAUCCUAAUGUCUUCCUAAAGAAAGUCGUCGGUCGCACUCUUGAUCGCACCAUCGGGAUAAUUUGGUGGCUGUUUACGGUCAUUGGUGCUGGGUCAUUCGGAGUCGGGAUAUUCAACCUCGCCUUGGGGAUUGGUGCAUGGAAAUGGUGGCGUUCUGCGCCCAAGCCUUCUUCGAGCCCAUCCUAG